CCAGCUUCAAAUGUCUACUGCAAGUGGAUCAUUUCCAACUGACGUUUGUGUUAAGCUUGCUACUGUGGUACUUCCCUAUCAGCCAGAUAUAUUACUUGGAUCAUGCAUUGUGGAAGUACUAUUGAUGGAAUUUCCUUCAUCUCUUCACCCGUUUCAAAAUAAAAAGUUUCACCAUUGUAAUAAAAAUUCAAUUAUAACUGAAUAAAUCGUCAUUUGGAACGAACAUCCUAUUUGGAUGCAUAAUUCCACAAUGAAAAUGUUCUAACUCAAAAAUGUUGAGACAAAAGAGGAAUUAUGCCAUGACCCCAGUUACACAUCAAUUGAAUGUUAUUUUGUUAAUUAGUUCAAGUAUUUGUUAAAAGCACAGAAAUAUUGUGCAGAAUAUGAGUAUCUGUGGAACAAAAUAUUUGCUUAUAAAGAGAGUAAACAAUGGCAUAAACAAAGUAAUAUAAUAAUUGGGGUUUUCGUGGCAGUAUAUAAUCCUUAGAUUGUAGUGCCAAGCAGUACUGGAAAAAGUUCCCAAUUUUGAGGUGGGAGGUAGAAGUAGAUAUGAUAGGAAAUAACAGGAAAUCACAAAUUGUGGUUAGGCAGGUUUGUAAAGGAAGGUGGAAUGUAUGCCACCCUCAAUGGAGAAUAGGAAAAAGAUUCUCUAGUGCAGGAAAGUGGAGAAAUAUAAGGCACACGGAACUGAAGGAAACUUCUGUUUUCUGUUAUGUCAAUGCAAGAUCAACUGCCUCUUCAUAAAUAUUAUAUAUAUAUAAAAUAAUAUAGUGGUAUACAUAUUUCAUGUACCUAUAAAUUAACAAAACAGAAACCCUGUCAACAUUACAAGGUCAGUCACAGACCUCAUACAACUGCUUUCAUAUUUUGUGAAUAUUCAUAAACAAACAACACAGAUGUUCAAAAUUACAUCAAAAUAAUACCUUCAAACACUGGAUGACAAUAUCUAAAAGCAUCUUUAUAAUAAACUUUCUAGAUUUGGAAACAAUAAGAAAUAGUGUAUCUUGAGCACAAAAAUAUGUGUCUUGGGUGGUGGCUAGCUUUUCUAGCUAGGCCACAGAAAGUUGCAGUUAACAUUGCAAAAUCUAUUACGUUACUAAGUACCCAUGCAAAAAAUUAAACUGUAUGACUCCACACCACAUAUUUACAUCUCACAAAACUUCCAUUACACUAAAUUUAUGAUAUUAAGGACUUCCAGCCAGAUGACUGUUCAAAUUGUUGAAUGCUAAUAAGUUGAAUAAUUACAUACAUACAAUAUGCAGUUCCCAUUACAUCUCCUUCAUUUUCAAAAUACUGUGCCUACAGUCAGAUAUUUAAUUUUCUUGUCGUCUCUUUCAACCAAAAUACUGCACAUAACAAUCAAACUAAGCUUUUCAAACUUGCUAUCUUCAAGCAUUUGUUUUCAGCAUGAAAACACAAAAUUGUAUUAUCCCUUACUCAGAUCUUGCUAAAAUUACAUUUGCAAGUUCUUUUAAUGAACUCAGUCUACAACUGUCACGUGGUUUUUUUUUUUCUGAAAUAACAAAAUGGCAUUACUAGGAUGCCCUGGUAAUAACAGGUAUUCUUAUUUACUGCAUGUGUUCAGACGUGAAAAUUAUGCACAGUAGUUGGUAGCUGUAAACUUGACUUGUGUUCAACUAUAAACUGGAGGAUUCAUGCAUUUAUUCUGCAGGUAGUGGGAUAUAGCGAAGAUGAACUGCAGAAUUUGAUGGGUAUAAACACUGAGAGAUUGAUAUAUUCAGCUUCACUACUCAGGAGCAACAUGGUACAAGCCCUUGGCACCAUUCUAGAGCACCCAGAAACAGAAGAGCAGCUCACAUGGGAGCAACAAGCUGUAAUCCAACGGUUGCAUGACAGUUUAACUUCAAAGGAAACAAAUAUCGUGCAACAGCUCCCAGAAGUGCAAAUAGUUUCCCAGUCUCGAGCAGCAAUAACAGCUGAACAAGAGGCACCAAUACUUUUCACUCUUCUUUCACAGAGUUCAUCAAUCACAUUUCAAUGGAAGAAAAUCAUGAGUAUACUUAAGUCUUACACCAUUGGAUCCAUGUUGAAGGGCUUGCCUGGAGGUCUUAAACAAAAUGAGAAUUCAGAAUUAGCACAUAUUAUCAAUCUAAAAAAGAAAACCUUCUUUGAAAGCAUACUAAAGAAUAUUCAACACCAUUACAUCACUUUGACAUCAUCACUUCUGGUAGGUCUUUUAAAUAAUAUUCCUUUACAUUGCUUAUGUCCAGAAACUCACGAAGUGCUUCACAAUGUUCCAGAAGAGCUGCUCCAUAAACAAAACAAAUUAAAUAGCUUUCUUCCAAGAAUUACAAUAAAAUUGCAACAAUAUAUCAGUGACUUCUUGUUGAAAGUCUUAAACCUCGUACAGUCUGAACAGUCUCCACUGAACCUUUCAGUUAAACACCAUAUCAGGAAAAUCUUUCCUUUCAUAAAACCAGGAGUUUGUAAGAAUGUAAAACCUCAACUACUUACAGUUAGUCAUAAGUAUAAUGAAUUGUUUCUUCCAAUUAGAAAUGAUAAAUUUGCAUGUGAUAUCAUUGAUGCUAUGGAUAUUCUUAUGUUUGCUAUUAAAAGUGGUAAAUUAGAUCUAACAAAACACUCUGGUGGCUUUGUACCAGCAUUUUAUGGCAAUGUUCGCCUAUCUGCUCUUUUUGCUUUUCUUUCAAGAUUACGUUUCUCAUUGCUAAAUGCACAUCCAGCAUCAGCUUAUGCACAUACACUUUUUAGUUAUGUCAAAAUGAGAUAUAUCUCAAAUGCUGGUAGUUUCAUACAUACAGUGCCACUAGAUAUUGCAGUGCUUCUUAACUCCUUCAACACCGUGGGUGCAGAUUUCUCAGAAGUAAAUACUGAGAUAUACCAUGCCUUUCAGGAAGAAAUAAAAUGGAAGAAAAUCCUUGAAGAUUUUCCAUUCUCUCGAUAUAUUCAGCCUCGCCUUCUAUUCAUGAAACUAAAGUUGUCUCACCAAAUAAUUUUAAAAUACUUCCUAGAAAAGGUACAACAUACUCUACACCAAUGUCAACAUUUGCAAAUUUCAGAGACAGAAAUGAAAUUUAAUCCAUUUAUAAAUCCAACAACACAACUCAAACAGCUCAAAGCACCUAUUUUAUUGCAACCUGUGAAUGUUAUCAAUGAAACACUGGCUACAGUUGAGGCAAAGCUCUCGAGAGAACCACAAAUUAUAACUGUAAUAAAAUCACCUGCUCAACAGUGUGAAAACUCACAUAGCAUUCAGUCUUGUGCAAACUCCACAGACUCAGUAAUUCAACUAUUCAACAUUCUUUCCCAGAAGAAUAAAACCAAAUUUAGUGUAACAUGCACAGAGCAACAAGAAAAGGUUUAUCUACCCAAUAUACAGUCCUCUCUUGAAGCAGUUGAUGAGAAUAUGCUACAUCAGUCCAUUACACUCAUAUCUAACUAUUUUGAAACUACAGAUACUGGCAAGAUAAUGCAGGGAUUUCACAUGGAAAAUUAUAAAACACAAGGUGAGCUAUUAACACAAAUACUCAGAUUUAUGAAAACCAACUUGGUACACAUUCCAACAAGAGUUCUUCAUGCAAUUGAUGAAAUAUUACUUCAUAUAAAAUUAGAUGGGUUGAGUGCCCUAAAACCUGAAAUGAUGGAAAUGUGUCUAGAUGUUAGCACUGCAAAAACAAGGAUGUCAGCAAUAAAUUCGUCAAUAAUAUACAGAACUGAAAAAUCAUCACAAACUACACAUCUCAUAAAUAGUUCAGGAAAAGUGCCAAUGGAAUCAACAACAUUAGAGUAUGAAGAUACAGCAUCAACCACAGUAGAAACUAUAACAUCUAUUAAUUUACAAUCCAACAUAAUAACAGUUUCCCCACCAAACCAUGUAACAUUUCCAGAGAGAGAAACACCAUACACAAAUGAAAUCACUAUUCCACAAAUAAAAAAAUCACGAUGUUCAUCAUUAGGGUAUGACACAAAAACAACCACCACAGAACCUACAACAUCUACUAAUUUAAAACCCACCACAAUUAAAUUGUUGCCAACCCAUUUAACAUUUCCAGAAACAGAAUCAUUAUCUGCAGAUAAAGUCACCACAUCAAAACCAAAAACAACAAAAAACACAUCAGAGUAUGAUGACAGAGAAUCAAUUAUAGCAGAAACUACAGCAUCUAUUAAUAUUCAACCUAUCACUAGCACAGUAUACCCACCAACCCAUGUAACAUUUCUACAAACAGAAACAUCAUCCACAGACAAAGCCACCACUCCACAACUGGAAACAACAAAAUACACAACAGGGUACAAUGAUACAGAAUCAACAAUAGUAGAAACUACAACUACUAAGUUACAACCUAUCACAAUCACAGCAUCCCCAUCAAUCCAUGUAACAUUUUCAGAAACAGAAACACCAUUAACAGACAAAGAAACCAAUGCACAAACAGAAAUAACGGAGACCACCACAGUCAAUGUCACAUCUGAAGAUACUAACACUGCUACACCUUCACUCCCUAUAUUAGACACAGAAUAUACAAAAUUGGAAACACCAACAACAGAACAAAAAAUUACCUCUACGCUAUUACACACAUCCAGUGACUUACACACUACCACAUCAAAAACAAGUUAUACAGAAUCAAUGCCUACAACAAUAACUGGAGAAUUAGAAACAACAAAAAAGAUCACAAAAACAAAACAAACAAGACACAGACUCCCAUUAUAAUGUCAACAUACAUACAUGACACCAA